AUGACCAUUACACCGCAUUAUGAUGCACAUGCAAGUGUUAACUAUACGUUUACGGUUACCAUAGGAACGUGCCUAUAUUGGUCAGAAAAAGAGGACAAAUGGUCAAGUAGAGGGUGUAGGGUAUGUAAAAAAUGGAAAUUCAGGACAAAAUUAGAGUUAAUGUCGUUAUGUUCGGUAGCCAUAAUGUGCUCACAAUCUUGCUUUAAGAGCAAUUAGAGAUUGCAUCUGACAUAGCUAAGUCCAGGGAAAAAGGUUCCUUUACGUAAGGCAAAGCCAAAGGUGAAGUCUUUCGUUUAAUUAGGGCAGAUAUUAAUGCAACCUUAGCUUUACUUAGUCCAGUAAGUUCAUGUGUAUAUUGGGGUUAUAAUAAGGCUUUGAAGUCCGACUGAAGCAUUGACAAAGUGAGAAGGUGAAUUAUAAGCUGAUCUAGUGUCCCAAGUGGCAUGGUUUCCCGUUGAGCUCUAUUUAUUAAGUUCUGAGCUGCAAACAGACGUUUUCCCUCUGUUCUCACUGGCCAACAUCUACAAAUUUCCAUGGUGCAAUACAUAAAACAUUUGAGCUGGUUUACCAAGGUAAAAAUCGUCAGAGAGAAUAAAACGCAAGGUCAUUCGUGACUUUUUCACUUGCAUCAGUAGCCGAAGUAACUGUAUGAGAAAUUUAUUUGAGCUACUAAAACGCUAUUUGUUUUCUAUCAUAAUUAUAAUUAAGGUUGGCCCAGGGUCAGAAAUUGGGAAAGUUCACCGCCUUUGCGACCACCUGACGUCAUUUAGCGGAGAGUUCUUCGUUUCACCAAAUCCAAUUGACUUCAGAAAAAUCUGGACAGAGUUUGGUAGGCUGGGAGAGACUAAAAACUAUGUUGUGUUUGCAACUGUUUGCAUUAUGUUUGGAAUUUAUCUCAUUGGUUUGCUCUUUGCUCGACGUUUCGACAACAAAGACACGUUCAAGGUAUUUACUUGAACCUCACCACCGCCUACUAGCGUAAGAUCUCUACACUGAUUAUGUAGUUCUGAGGUUAAAUACACAUAUUGGACCAGGAUAGGGGUUUCCUCUUCUAUUUUCGUGAUGGUUUUCUGUAAUUGUUUUUCUUUUCUUCGGUGUUAUUGUAUGACCCAUAUAUAAUAUUGGGAAGAGCAUUUAUCAGGAGCAAAAUUGGACAGGAAAUUAGUUAUUGAUGAGGUGAAGAAAACUGCUCUGCUUGGUAGCCACAGCAAUAAUGUUUAACCCGUCAAUGAUUAAAAGCGAUGGUAGCUAAUGCAUCUACAUUCGAUUUAAUCCAUCUGUCUUUCUUUCAGGUAAUUACAGAAUUCAGUCUUUCGGAUAAAGAAAGUGAUGGGUACCUUUAUUCAGUUUCAAUACAAAUUGGCGCGUGGAGGAAGUCUGGCACUACUGCUAAUGUAGGCCUAGUUUUUUAUGGAGUUGAAGAUGUUUCAAAACCGAUCAUCUUUGCACAAAAUGACCUGCAAAGAAUACUCUUUGCAAGAGGCAGCGUCAACACAUUUACUGUAUCUUUCGAGAAAUCACUAGGAUCCUUGUUUAAAAUUAAAGUAUGGCAUGACAAUUCUGGACACAGUCCAUCUUGGUUUCUUUUGGAAAUAGUCGUGCAAGACAUCCAGACAAAGGAAAAAUGGCAUUUUAUCGCCAAUCGAUGGCUUGCUGUUGAAAAAGGUGACGGUGGCAUAGACAUGGAGUUAAGGUCCGCUUCUAAUGACGAAUUAUUGGAUUUCAAGAAUGUUCUUCAUUCACGAGCACAAAAAGCUCUGGGCGACUCUCACCUAUGGGUUUCAAUUUUCACUAAGGCUCCGCAUGAUCAAUUUACACGGUGUCAAAGACUUUCCUGCUGCAUGUCAAUCAUAUUCGGUGCCAUGGUAACGGGUGCAAUGUUUUACCGUUUUGGUAGCAAGUCGACGGACGUAUUUCACUUUGGGCCGUUAAAAAUGAGUUGGACAGAGAUCAAGAUAGGAAUUCAAAGUGGCUUAGUUGCAAUACCAGUCAAUUUUCUAACUGUAACCAUUUUUAGGAAUGUUAAAGAAGCUAGUGUCCAAGCAUCAUCUGUGAAUUGCCUUCCUCAUUUCUUUCUUUACAUUGGCUGGGCUCUUUGUGUCUCGGCUGUCAUGGCCAGUAUAAUGUUCACCAUAUUUUACAGCUUAACUUGGGGAGCCGAAACCUCAAAACAGUGGCUUGUGUCAAUGACAUUCUCGUUCUGUCAAGAUGUCUUUCUUAUUCAACCCUUUAAAGUACUGUUUUUCGUUUUGUUCCUGUCGAUGAUCAUAAGAAGACCACUAAGCACAGACUUUAUGUAUAGGAGCUCUUCGCAGGCUUUGGCUAAUUGCACACUAAGUACCGGAGAUGGUGAAAAACAAGCCAGAAUUCUCCAAGCGGGAGAAUUAGAAAACGCGCGUCGUUCCAGAAGGAAACAAGCAAAGGCGUCCGGUGCAAUCUCUGAGAUUAUCUUUUUCCUUGUGUUUAUAAUUCUCUUUAUGGUUGUUUGCUAUGGAAAUCGCGAUUCUGUCAGAUACAACCUAACAAAAUCCAUUCAUUAUGUCUUUAAAGACUUUUCAAAGGUAGGUGUGCAUUUUUUUGUUUUUAACUGCAACGUUACGCCGUUUGCACUGUUUAUUCACAUAUAAAGUCUAAUAUAACUCAUUUGCAUGAUAAGACUAGACUCAACAUUGGAAUUAGAAUUGAGGAGUACAAUUUGGGAAAAGAAUGAUGAGUCGGCAGCAAAAGUGAACAGUAUUUCAACCAAUUUGAUGAGUAUUGUACAGAUUGUAGAUUUUCAAAUCUUAGUACAUUUAAAAUCGGUGCAGGUUUAAGCGGGUUUUUCGUUCAGCGCUAAUGUGACAAAGUUUUCAAUGAAGAACUGUCAAGGUUUUAAGAGCGACUUUCUGUAAAUACCACGGAUAGGUGUGCAAGAUGGAAAAAUCGACAUCCCCCAAACUUUGUCAAAACAAAGCCCUUUGGAAACUACUUUAGAAAAUACAAGACUCAGUUCGUUUGACUCAAUAUUUUCCAAAAUAAUAAUUUUUUUUUAAUUUUCACCUUCGAGAGGCCUUCAAACCACCGAAAAAUGUGCUUGAUACCCUCGCUUCGUGAAUGGAAACGGAAACUAAUACCAUAACUUUUCUUAUAUUAAACAAUUUUAUGAUCCUUUCUUUCUACCUAAACGUUGUUACAAUUUCAAAAGAUUUCAAUCUGAUUUUUUAAUAUUUUUUCAAAAUUACCCUCUAAAUCAGCAUUAUCGCAACCAUCAAUUUUGUCAUUUUUCAACGGCGAAAAUCCUUUCCUGGUACAUGGCUUUCAUUACAAAAAUGGUAUUCCAGAGAAAGAGCAAUGUUUCCCCUAUCAAUCUGUGAAAUAAAAUUCUUGGGCAAUUGAAACUGCGAGUUUUUACAACGGAAAACAUUUACGGUACUCGCGUGAUUUACGACCUCUGAACUUGCAGUUGUAUUGAUGAAUACAAGGGAGAACUUAGACAGCACUUGAAACUCUGACGCAAAUUCGCCCCUUUUCCGCCAGUUUAAACACCAAAAACGAUUUUCGAUUUCACAGUGGUAAAUUUUCAAAAGGAAAAGCAAUUUUAUUGUACGAAAGUGUGCUAUGAACUUCUUGACUACAACACAUCCCUUACGUACGUAUUUGUUUACUUUUGCCGUAUCUGUAACAGUUAUCAUAUAUCUACAAAACGGCUUUAGUGUCGGUAGCUAUUCUUUCAAAUGCUCUCAUUUCUCAUGAACCAAAUCGUUAUAGCUAUAAAAAAGGAAAACGUUUUGACCUACCUCACAUUAUUUGACAACAGAACCGAAUCCUUUACUGCCGUUAACGAAAUGAGAUGGCGUGACAAAGAACUUUGAGACCCAGGUUAAAGACAGAUACCAUUCCGGUAAAGACACUGACGCGGUGCCUUCUGUAACUAUAAAAGCAAAACAUGUAAAUAAUCAAAAUCCUUAGUUUCACUGACUUAUCCGCCAGAGCGAUUAUGAAAACGUAAGACUAAAAAACAUAUUUUCCACAACAGACUAUGAAGUGGUUGGCCCCUAUAUUCUCUUACUUUCCAUAAACGCCUGCUUACACAUUUUGAAAUACGAUUAUGAAUUCCUUUCUUGUAUCCUUAGAAAAAUGACAUUUAGGGGGGAAAAAAGUGCUAAUUCCUAGUCUUAAAUGUCAUCCGUCCCUUCCCUCCACCCCCUAAGGGGCGGCAGCCCGUUUCGGUGUGGGGCGAAGAAACGCAGAACAUUUCAGAGUGGACAUAGCGGGGCUAGAAAACCUGCAUAAUUUUAGAGCACCUCUGGUGUUAUAAAAGCAAAGCUUUCAGUAGUUCUGGUAACCUCGAGCAAGUUUUGCAUUUCUGAGCAACGUUUGGGAAAAAUAUAGGCUUAUGUCAAGCCAGAAAAAAGUGAGCAGUUUCAUAGAAAUGUCAAGUACGACUGAAUCGCGCCCGUAUAAGCGCCCCUAAUGAUUCUGGCAUGGGGAGGGGGGAAUUUUGAAAUGGAGCGAAGGGGACCUAGGUCUAACCAUACCGUCUCCGCUUUAGCUGUGAGUCUGCCUUGGAGAUAAAUUUCGCUCAUAUUUUUGAGCAACUCUUUAAAGAAGAUUGCAAGCCGUAUAGUUGCGUCCGUCUGGAACGCUGGAGCGGUGAAACCAAUAAUCGCGCCCCUCGCACCUUGAAAAAAAACUGCGUUUUUUGAGAAAAAACAGAAAAGAAAAUAAAAGAGAAGGAAAGGCCGUUCGCACUAACUGAAAGCUAUUUUUUGCAUUGCUGUUGAAAAUCUGAAAAGGAAUAGUCUUACACACGUAGCCCUCGGGGCGGUACCAGGUGAAUAUAUCACAUACCUCAUCGUUCCAGGUAUAUAACCUUUACGUAAGCAUAGGAUGUAAGACACACUUGCGGAUACGCGUAAGCAUAACGUGAGAUACCCAGGCGCAAAAAAAUAACAGUCGCGCGGCUAAUGUUGGCUCCCCUCAAAAAUGAAGAGAGUUAACGUGGGCUUGAAAAGUGAGAUAUUCGGAUAUCUUCGGAUAAUUGAUAGCGAGUUAUUUCCAGUCCACGGACUUUCUCCUAAAUUUUUCGAAAGUAUUUGUUCUCUUAGAAGACCCAGAAUUUCGAGAUUUCUUGAUAGUUUUAUACAUACGCUAAUUAUGAGAUUCCUUUUCUUCUUUCCUAACGAUAAGUUAAAUAGGUCAAGAAAAAACAGCUGUCAGUAAGUUGAAAUAAGUUUUUUGAGGGCGUGAUCUUUGGUUUCACCGCUGAGCGUUCCUGACGGGCCCAAAUAUACGGGCUUGCAAUCUCCUUUAAAGAGUUGCUCGACACUGUGGGUAAAAUUUAUUGCCAAGGGAAACGGACAACUAAAAAGCAGGCGGUGUGCUUAGAGCUAGGUCCUCUUUGCUCAAUUUCGGAGUUUCCCCUCCCCACCGAGCCUCCCCCUCCCGCCCGAGUCAUUAGGGGCGCUUUUACGGGCGUUGUUCAGUCGUACUUGACAUUUUUUAUCAAACUGCUCACUUUUUCUGGCUUGACAUGUGCCAUAACCUAUAUUUUGGUAAAACGUUCCUCAGAAAUGCAAAACUUGUUCGAGUUUGCCAAAACUACAGAAAAUUUAAACACAAGAGGUGCUAUAAGGUUGUGCAGGUUUUUUAGCCCCGCCAUGUCUAGUCUGAAAUGUUAUGCGUGCCUUCGCCCCACCCCGAAACCUGCUGUGGCCCCUUAGGGGGUGGAGGGAAGGGACGGAUGACAUUUUAGACUACGACUUAGCGCUUUUUCCUAAGAAUACAAGUAAGGAAUUCAUAAUCGUAUUUUAAAACGAGCGUGAUGAAAACAAGAGACUUCAGUGGAACCUCGAUUUAACGAAGAGUCAAGGGCCUAAAAAAAUUUCUGAGCCACCCAACGACGGUUUCCUUCUAAAUUCAUUGAAAACAUUUUUCAAUGGUGUACCCAGAGUACUUUUAGAUCUCUAGAAAUGCAUUCUAAGCGGCUUGUAAAAUUUGUUCCUGUUCGGUCAUCCUAGGGAAACUUGCAUUGAGCAUUUUUGAAAUUACAAGGGCUUCAGUAUUAUCUUCCCAAAAAUUUUAGAUGCAAUUUAACGUAUCACGAAAGUGAGAAUUUUUCUGAUUCCUCUCUCAAUCACAUGUUUGAAUCCGAACAUUUUAGGCUUCCUCUUUUCUAUGAAAAAUUAGCCUAACCUGGGAUGUAAAAUGUGAAAAAUUAAACUUCAGAAAAUCGUAGGGAAUUUAUAAGAUAACCUUCGAAAAUUGAACAGGAACGGAACGGGCAUCUAGAAAUUUUUAGGCGUCCUCAAGCUAUAGAAAAUUCUAGGCAAUAUCUACUUCUCCCAAGAUAUAUUUUACAGAAAACAGUCGUUGAGUGCCCCUGAAAUUUGCUCGCUAUAACGAGGUUUCGUUAUAUCGAGGUUUUUUUUUUCAUACCGUAAAUCCUCUAUUAAGCUCCCCCGGGGGGCUUAUUAUUUCAAGCUCAUUUGAGGGGAAGGGGCUUAAUAGAGACGGGGGGCUUAAUAUGUUUAAUUUAGAAACUAAGAUGGUAUCGCUUCUCCAUAAAGAACUAGAAUACAAAGUGGAAAAGCUCAAGUACAGGAAGUUCUAGGUCAUGCAGUCGAAAAUCAUAAUCAGUCCACACGUCGGAUCAGUCCACACGAAGCCUUUACGGUCGUGAUUGAUUAAUACAGUCUUUCAUUUAUUAGUGAAGAAUAAUUACGGGUGGGAAGCGGAUCGGAUCAGUCGGAUCAGUCCACACGAAGCCUUUACGGUCGUGAUUGAUUAAUACAGUCUUUCAUUUAUUAGUGAAGAAUAAUUACGGGUGGGAAGCGGGUGCUUGAUAGAGGGGGGGGGCUUAUCAGAGUGAGGGGGGUUAUUUGACAGGGGGCUUUAAUAUAGGUUUUAAGGCAUAUUUUACUAUUAUCGAGGUAAAGAAAAUCAUUCGUAGGUUCUUUAUAUCGCGGUUCAGUGUUACGUCGCUCUGGCAGAUAAGUCAACGAAACUAAGGAUUUUGAUUUUUUACAUGUUUCGCUUUUAUAGCUACAGAAGGUGCCGCGUGAGUUUCUUUUUCGCAAUGGUAUCUGUCUGCGCGGUAUAACCUGGGUCUCAAAGUUCUUUGUCACGCAAUCUCGUUUCGCUAAAGGCAGAAAAGGAUUCGGGUCUGUUGUCAAAUAAUGUGAGGUAGGUCAAAAUGUUUUCCUUUUUUUAUAGCUAUAACGAUUUGGUUCACCGACACUAUUAGCCAUUUUGUACAUAUGUGUACGGCAAAAGUAAACAAAUACGCACGUAAGGGAAGUGUUUGUAGUCAAGAAGUUCAUAGCACACUUUCGUCCAAUAAAAUUGCUUUUCCUUUUGAAAAUUUACCACUGUGAAAUCUAAAAUCGUUUUUGGUGUUUAAACUGGCGGAAAAGGGGCGAAUUUGCGUCAAAGUUUCAAGUGCUGUCUAGGUUCUCGCUUGUAUUCAUCACGACAACUGCAAGUUCAGAGGUCAUAAAUCACGCGAGUACCGUAAAUGUUUUCCGUUGUAAAAACUCGCAGUUUCAAUUGCCCAAGAAUUUUAUUUCACAGAUUGAUAGGGGAAACAUUGCUCUUUCUCUGGAAUACCAUUUUUGUAAUGAAAACAAUGUACCAGGAAAGGAUUUUCGCCGUUGAAAAAUGACAAAAUUGAUGGUUGCGAUAAUGCUGAUUUAGAGGGUAAUUUUGAAAAAAUAUUAAAAAAUCAGAUUGAAAUCUUUUGAAAUUGUAACAACGUUUAGGUAGAAAGAAAGGAUCAUAAAAUUGUUUAAUGUAAGAAAAGUUAAGGUAUUAGUUUCCGUUUCCAUUCACGAAGCGAGGGUAUCAAGCACAUUUUUCGGUGGUUUGAAGGCCUCUCGAAGGUGAAAAUUAAAAAAAAUUAUUAUUUUGGAAAAUAUUAAGUCAAACGAACUGAGUCUUGUAUUUUCUAAAAUAGUUUCCAAAGGGCUUUGUUUUGACAAAGUUUGGGGGAUGUCGAUUUUUCCAUCUUGCACACCUAUCCGUGGUAUUUACAGAAAGUCGCUCUUAACAAGCAUCAUAAGGUGUUAUAUCUUUAAAAACGACCGUGCAAAGGUCUUCUUUGGGUGAAAGUAAUUUCAACAAAGAAUCUUCACUUAGUUGGAACGGAUUGUCUGGUAAAGAUCAAAAUUUGCUUAGUUUGCAUAUAUAGUUUGAACAGUUUUCGAAGAACUAUUAGAAAUCCCUUACUGAGCUUGUUUACUUUACAGGUAAACAGUCGCGUGACAUUUUGGAGCUGGAUGAAGAACACCUUUGUUCCUGGAGUAUACAACACCAGCUGGUAUAACGGUAUUCCUUUUGACCACGAGGAUGGGUUUAUCAGUAAUAGGGAAAACUUUUUGGUUGGAAUGCCUAGACUGAGGCAAGUGAGGGUGCUGCCAGGUAAGUAAAUGUUAUCGUUCUUUGAAAGUUUUAUUUUCUUGUAACAUUUUUUUAAAUGUGGGCGGGAUCAUCACUGGUAAAUGUUGAACUAGCUUAAGGCAAAAUCCUCUCACUGAACAUACUGAAAGAAUGUUGUACUAUUGUAUUACUGUAACACCCGCUCUUUCUUUAGACUUGCUCGCGCCUAAUUGUAUCAAGCGUGUUUUUUGAAAAUAAUGGAAAUGUCUAAUGAGCCAGGACGGAUAUUGGCCAAAGCAUGUUAAAUUGAAGUCUAUUGUUUUAAGGUGGAAAAUUUUCUUGAAAUUGCUGAACUCAAGCGCCUUCGAUAAGUAGUAUAGGAGAAGGGUUUUAAGCUGGUUCAUCUAACGUGGGGAGAAUACAUAGCAAACGGGUGUAUGGACUGGUUUUUCAAACGAUUGUAGAUGUAAAUCAAGUUUGACAAGUGCUUCAAAAGUGUGGACACGGCUUUGUCUAUGAUGACAUAUCUUUUACUUAAAUCUUUAUCAAUUGUCCUGGAAGAUCGUUUUGCAUUGUUCGAGGAGUUAAAAAGGCCUACAUCCUUUGCCGACGUCACUAUUUAGGGAACUACUGCUCUGAAAUACAUUACUACUACCCUAAAAUAUAUUAAGUCUAACGAUUCAAAUCCCCCUCUCGUCUGGCUACAUAGCAAGCAGUGUAUUUCUUUACUUUCUUGACACAUUUUCCCUGAAAUAUUAAGACUGCGUUUACAAGGCACCUGAGGAAUUUUUGAACGGCUGAAAUUUUCACCGGUGGGACAACUGUAAGAUUUCAACGGGUCAAAAAAUCGUCCGGUGACCAUUAUACGUUUCUGGGAAACUGCCCACCUACCCCUUCCCUAAGCCAACAUUAACACUUACUUCUCAAUUAAGGCUUAAGGCAAAAUGUUGCCUUAGGGGAGGGGUCGGUGGAAAGUUUCCCUGAAACGUAUAAUGAUCCAACUCUUCUUUACCACCACGAUUAUUUAUUUCUUAUCCCUUCUCGCCUUGGGUUAAUCGAUUGUCAGGCCAUCACUAAGUCCAUGAGGAGUUUAUUUCGAUCCGAUAUCGGGUACGCGUCAGUAUGAUAUCUAAUUCAAUUGAGUUUCACUAAAAAUACUUGGUAUAUAAAAAAGGUAUCGACAUUCCAUCAUAGUAACCGAUGAAUACCCUGUGAAAGUAGAUAUAGUUCCAACACAACGAAGGCAAAAUAGCAAAAAUGGCGUGUUUUAUUUUUGUUAAACUUGUCAAUGAUAAUGCCUCACUCUCGUUAAAUUAAUUGCAUUUCAUUUGUUGGUACUGUAAAGUUACCAUCACCCAAGAGAUCUAUUAGAAAAAGUUACACCGAGAUUUUCCAUACUUUUUUUGAAUGAAUGAACGGGAGAAUUUUAUUUCCUCAGAAACGCCUUGUGAAGAUCAAACCUGCACGGAAAGAGAACUUAGAUUUUCCCGAUGCCUGCCAUUUUACAGCUACGGAAAAGAGGAUACAACCGCGUUCAACAGGCCAGGUUGGGUGCCUGUAACCAACAUGACAUUUCUGUCUGAAGACAUUUUGAAUACGUUGUGUCCAAGGCCAUGGCAAUACCGUAACGCACAAGAAUUGAAUACUAAGCCGAUCCGUGGCAAAAUGGCCGUUUACAGUGCAGGAGGGUACGUGGCGAGUCUCGGGUACAACUCGAAAUUAGCACUUAAUGUUAUAGAGGGUUUGCAUCAGGGCAACUGGAUCGAUGACAAAACGGUCGCUGUUAUUAUUGAAUGCACCGUUUUUGAAUCUUCGCGAUCCCUGUUUAGUGUGUUGAAAUACGUCUAUGAAAGAUACCCUACGGGUGGCGUAUUAACAACCAGUCAAGUAAAAACCAUAACGGUUUAUCUACCGCAAGGUUCUAGUAGAUAUCGAUCAUUUUACCAAGUCUCACAGGUGCUGGUAACUUUACUAAUUCUGGCUGAUGGAAUAAAGGAAAUUGUGAAAGCACUCCGCGGAGCUCGAGCGUACUUUAUGCGUUUUUGGAACUGGGUAGAAAUAGCUUUCUUAUCCUUUUCAUCAGCUACCAUUGCAGUUAUGCUUUACAAAGAUGGAUAUGGACGGAGAUACGUAGCAAACGUACGCCCCAAUCCAUUUGGCAAUUGGAGCGCGGAUCGAAUUUUGCUUUGGUCUGAGAGUGAAGAAUAUCUUCUUGCUUGUGUUGUGUUUAUCUUUACGAUCAAGACUUUGCGCAUUGUUCGUUUUAACCGUCAUAUCGACCAAAUGCGAAUGACUCUUCAAGUUUCUUUUCUUCCGCUAUAUUCGUUUUCAAUUGUAUUCAUUGUAAUUUUGUUGGCCUUCUCUUCAUUUGGCUAUUGGAUCUUUGGCUCCUCUCUAAUGGAAUAUUCUUCACUUAUACGAGCCGUUGGCUCAUUACUUCAAAUAUUGAUAGGCGGAAAGUCUUCCUAUUACCAACUAAAGGACACCUCGGAAAAUAUUUUGGGUCCUUUAUUCCUCUUUUUGUACCUGUUAACCUCAUUGGCCAUUCUACUUAACGUAUUCAUCUCCAUUUUGAAUGAGUCUUUUACGACAUCAAGGGAAAACAUAGGUUUGAAUGGUGAUGACGUUGAUUAUAGUGAACUGUGUCAGUACCUUUGGCUUAGUGCAACGUCUUUUUUAUGCCGUAUAAAUACACUGAUGAAUUCCGCAACGGAUGGAAUUAAAGAUAAAACGAAUACGGAGGUUUGCAUUAUAAAUGUGACCAACAGAAACGCCCCAAAGACAGCGGGCAUUGCUACACAACUGGCCACCAUGGGUAGCAUAGACGAGAUUCGUUACCCUAGUGUCUCUCUUGAGCGUGCUGACGAAAUGAUAUCGGAGGUUUUAGUAAAUUUACCAAUGCUAUUCGAGGAUUCUGAUGAAAGUAACGUGGAUUACUCAGAUAUAGACCAAGAACUAGAAGGAAGUCAUUUUCCUUCAGAGCUUGAGUUUGAGAGUUAUUCUGAAACUUCUUUUUCACCCACAUCCUUGAAUUUUCAUGAAAAUUUUUACAGAUUCGAUCACUUAUCAUUGGAUAUUUCUGAAAGCAAUGUAUAA